AUGGCCAGCAUCGCAUGUCCGACAACACUCAGGCCGUGGCAAGUCUCAGGCUCAGGCGCGCGCUGCGCACUCGCCGAAGGACGAUCGGCCUCUCCCAAGUCCAUUUCAAGAGGCACCUUGCAGCUCAAAAGUGCCUUCUGUGCUGCAGUUGCUGCAGGUGUGAAGCUGCGAAGGCAGCGCUGGCAAGAUAGGCGCCCGCCACAAGAGUCAAGACAAGUAUUCCGAGCAACUGACAAAGGUAGCAGUGAAGCUCAAGCAUCUCCAGAGCUUGGCGAGUGGUGCGCCCUGUACAUAAACCUACAGAGACGAUCUGAUCGCAAAGAGCGACUUCACUCGCUGCUGGCCAAAGCCAACGAGCCGCUCCUCCGGCGCCUGGAGCGCGUGGAGGCCAUCGACAAGCUGGCUUUGUCUUUGGAUGAUGAGGUGGUCGUGGAGGCUGUGGGCCCCUACGCUCUGGAGCGUGCCAGGCGCGCGUUAGAUGAGGAGCACUACACCAUCGUUCACGAUGAAGAAGGGAAUCUGGUUCACUUCGAUGACCACCUAACAGUGGGCGGCAUUGCCUGUGCACUAUCCCAUCGUUUGGCGCUCGAGCGCAUUGCCACACACCCCACAGCUGAGUGGGGCCUCGUUUUGGAGGACGAUGUCAAUGCUGUUGUCCCGCGCGUAGACCUGGCCAUCUCCAAGCUCUUGAAAGAGCUGCCCGAAGACUGGGAUGCUGUCUGCCUGGCCUACCAUGACCCUCGUGGGAGGGUGCACCCGCUCGCUGUCGACGAAAACCCAGUGGACGAGUCCUUCGACGGCGCAGAGGUCGAGCUGAUCGAGUCGCACGGGCAUGUCUUCGGCCUUGGGGCUUGGAUGGUCCGCAAGGAAGCUGCCCAGGAGCUGGUAGAGCAUGCCUUCCCCAUUGAAAGCCAGGUGGACUUUACCCUCACCAACUGGCUGGCUCGAAACGGAAGGCGUUUCUGGAAAGUGGAUCCCACCAACUUGCUGUUCUAUGCGCCCUCUAGUGAGGAGGAGAUGGAUUCAGACGUGCAGACAAUGGUUCCUAUCGCGGAGAUAGAAGAGCAGCACGAAUCCCUGCAGGCCUAUAUCGACUACAUGAAUGGCAGGACUGCGGAUCCCUAUGAAGACUGGGACCUAGACCUGGAUUUGGACUACGGUGCCCAGCAGUUCGACGAGGAGGAGUGGAUUCGACAAUGGCAGGAAGCAAGGUACGAGGAAUACUAUGGCAGCUCGAGGUCCGAAGGCUGA